AUGAGUGUUUCGUCGGCGCUCAGGUCGCCAUCUUCUGUAGCCCUGAAGCGGACGGUCUUCACAGUGUCGACCGGUCGGAGCUCGCCCAAUUCGCUGUGUGGAAGAUGUGCCUCGACUUUUGCGAUCGUGAACGGCGAGCAGACAGCUCAACGACGGAAACACAUCGCCAAUACAAGAUCAUCUAGCGUGCUGGACCGACGAUGGCGCAUUACAGCGCAGUUCGGCCGUCAACCACGGAGAGGUGCGGCCACAGCUGCAGCGGCUAUCCUAGAAGAAGCUGCAGAGCCAGAAACGUUGACCAAUGAAUCCAUCAUUGACAACAUGUCAUCGGAAGAAUGGCAGCGGCUGUCCAAAGUACGCAACAUUGGCAUCGCAGCACACAUCGACUCCGGCAAGACGACUGCCACAGAACGCGUUCUCUUCUACACCGGUCGAAUAAAAUCGAUACACGAGGUGCGAGGCAAAGACUCGGUCGGGGCAAAGAUGGACUCCAUGGAGUUGGAGCGAGAGAAGGGCAUCACCAUUCAGUCUGCAGCUACAUUUUGCGAUUGGGUGAAGAAGAAUCCUGAAGGGCAAGACGAGAAAUACCACAUCAAUCUGAUUGAUACUCCAGGCCAUAUCGAUUUCACGAUCGAGGUUGAAAGAGCAUUGCGAGUGCUGGACGGCGCAGUCAUGAUCUUGUGUGCUGUCAGUGGUGUGCAGAGUCAGACAAUCACCGUGGAUCGGCAGAUGAGACGGUACAACGUGCCGCGAGUGACUUUCAUCAACAAGAUGGACCGCAUGGGUGCGAAUCCUUGGAAGCCGAUUGAUCAGAUCAAUGCGAAAUUGAAGAUCGCCGCCGCCGCCAUGCAGGUGCCGGUCGGAGUGGAGGAGAACUUCCAUGGUGUCGUGGAUCUGGUCACAAUGAAGACUAUGUACGCGGAAGGUGGCAGAGGAGAGAUCAUUGUCACCAAAGACGAGAUCCCUGCGGAAGUGCAAGAUCUGGUCAGGGAGAAGCGAGCGAAGCUCAUCGAAACGGUCGCAGAUGUGGAUGAUGAGAUUGCCGAACUGUUCUUGGAAGAGAAGGAACCAUCUGUCGAACAAUUGAAAGCAGCAAUUCGGCGAGCGACGUGCUCGUUGAAGUUCACGCCUGUCUUCAUGGGUUCAGCACUGGCAGACAAAUUCAUUCAGCCUAUGUUGGACGGCGUCUGUGACUACCUCCCCAAUCCUUCAGAAGUAUCGAACACAGCACUCGACCGACGGCAAGCCGAAGCACCUGUCAAGCUGGUUCCAUACGGAUCUUUGCCGUUUGUUGGUCUGGCUUUCAAGCUCGAAGAGUCCAACUUCGGUCAGCUCACAUACAUUCGUGUGUAUCAGGGCAAGAUCAAGAAGGGCAGCUAUCUCUACAAUGCCCGAAACGACAAGCGUGUCAAGAUCCCCAGAAUCGUGAGAAUGCACUCGGAUGAAAUGGAGGAAGUCAACGAGGUCGGUGCUGGUGAGAUCUGUGCCGUAUUCGGCGUCGAGUGCGCUUCAGGAGACACCUUCACAGACGGUCAGCUUGGUUAUACCAUGACGAGUAUGUUUGUGCCGGAGCCUGUCAUUUCGCUUUCGAUCAAACCCAAGAACAAUAAGGAACUUCCGGCAUUCUCCAAGGCCAUCGCACGAUUUCAGCGCGAAGACCCUACAUUCCGAGUCCAUUUCGAUGGCGAGUCCGAGCAGACCAUCAUUUCUGGCAUGGGCGAACUCCAUCUCGAAGUUUAUGUUGAGCGAAUGCGAAGAGAAUACCGUGUGGACUGCGAGACUGGUCAACCACAAGUCGCCUAUCGGGAGACCAUCACCAAACAUGCUGACUUUGAUCACCUGCUAAAGAAACAGACGGGCGGUGCUGGUGACUAUGCUCGCGUGCAGGGAUUCAUGGAGCCCAAGGGUGAUUUAGAUGGCAACGUCUUCGAAGAGCAAGUCGUCCUCGGCACAUCAAUGGUCAUCAACGACGGCGCAACUCACAUGACGGAUUCCUCCGAAAUGGCCUUCAAGAUUGCCACUCAGCAAGCCUUCCGCAAAGCAUUCAUGGAAGCUGGACCAGUGGUUUUAGAGCCAAUCAUGAAGGUCGUGACCACAGCGCCGACGGAAUUUCAGGGUAACGUGGUCGGACUGUUGCAGAAACGUAACGCGGUCAUCACCGACUCGGAAACAGAAGUUGAGGAUUUUACGUGCUAUGCAGAUGUCAGUCUGCAUGGUAUGUUUGGGUUCAGUAGCACUCUGAGAGCUGCGACCCAAGGCAAGGGCGAGUUCAGCAUGGAAUUCAGCCAUUAUGCGCAGGCGCUGCCGCAAUUUCAGAAAGAGCUGGUUGCGAAAUACCAGAAGGAGCGGUUGGCGAAACAGAAGAAAUGA